CCCACAGUUACCGACUGUCAAGACACGACUAGUCAUGUCUCAUUCAUACAAGCAUGUCGUUCGCCUACACGAGCUUAGAGUAUGUGCGUAUAGGAACGCGCUUCUUUCGCGCCAUUAAAGAGGUGUGCCAAUAUCCUACCCACUAACCUACCCUUCCUCUCCCUUCCCUAGCCCUACCCCACUAGACGCCCUAAUAUACGGCCACAUACGUGCCUUGCUGGGGGCCUGCGGGCCUCGCGCCGCACUGAUGGUGAGGCCUAUAACUACGGCGCUGCUGUAUCAUAUGCUGCGCGUCGCUAAUCUGUCCCAGAUGGCUUUGACGCCGCAAGAAGAGAACCUAGUGGCUCAAGUAUCCUACCUACGUCAGACGCCGCGCCCCCGAAUAGUCCCGCGCAGUACCAGCUCACGCUUGUCGAAUAACCUUCGGUCUUGGGACCGGCAGCGAGGCGACAAUACGUUUGGCUUCAAACCGUUUGCAAGCAAACAAAUAAACAUAAUAGUCACGAAAGAAGGUCUAACUUGCCAACCCCCUCCAAGGCUAAUACGUUACGAAGAAUCCUACGCUUGCGCUAAAGCAAUACUGGACAAAAUCAUUGACAAUAUGGAUUUUGAGAAAGAAAAGUUCGAAUUUAUCGAGUUUAGCAGUUCGGAAAUGGGCGAUGUGAAGAUGAGCUUGGAUAAGAUUGAAGAAGACUUCUUGGUUCACUCUGAGACUGAUGAUACUUCUGUGGCCACUGAUAUUUUGGAGAAUGAGUCUGGUUCGGUUCCCGGUUCUAGAUUCGGAAGCGACCGUGAAGAGUUCUAGUAGCGAGAACCUCCGCGUUAAGAAGCUCAUGGAGUACAUCCGGCAGAAAAACGCGGAAUUCAACAUCGGCCCGCAAGUUGCCGAUGUCGAUUAACUGUUUGGUGUUUUCAUUUUUGUAUUGUUUAAUUAUAUGUGAAAAGUUCAGUUUGACUUAUUUCUUGAUACAAUAGGUAUAAUUGAUCAGAAUGGCAGUC